UUCUUCUUCUUCUUCUUCUUCAAUCUCUAAAAAGGCAACCUUUUUUUAGUGAUUCUCACUGCCAAUUCUCACAAUGGCCCAAAGAAACCAAAGCUCAAGAGCCAUCAGUAUCACCAUCCUCCUCUCCCUUCUCCUCCUCCACUCCCUCUUCCAUCUGGCAGCCGCAUCCAAUGAUCCCGACCUCGACGACCUCGAAGAGCUUCUGGCCAUCGAUGAGGAGGAGGAAAACCAAAGGGUCAUGCCCCAUGGUAAGCCAUCGGAGGCGGAUGUCCUCUCCCGAGCUCAAAGGAUUGUUCUUGAGCUCACCAAUGAGAAUGCGCAACGAGUCAUUGAUAGCAACGAGCUCCUUCUUCUCCUCGGUUACGCUCCCUGGUGUCCGAGGAGCGCCGAGCUUAUGCCGCGGUUUGCGGAGGCCGCCACGGUUCUCAGAGAGAUGGGGAGCAAAGUUGUGAUGGCUAAGUUGGAUGCUGAUAGGCAUGCUAAAGCUGCGAGCUCUCUUGGAAUUAAAGGGUUUCCUACCUUGCUGCUCUUCGUUAAUGGCAGUGUGCAGUCUUAUACUGGAGGAUUCACUGGGGAGGAAAUAAUGAUAUGGACAAGAAAGAAGACCGGUGCACCAGUUCAGAGACUAACUUCCAUACCAGAGGCAGAAGAGUUCCUUAAAACUCAUCCUAUAUUUGUUAUUGGCUACUUUGACAAAUUUGAGGGAGUUGAAUAUGAGCAAUUUGUUAAAGCAGCAACCUCUGAAAAUGAAAUUCAGUUUGUUGAAGCUAAUGAUAUUAAUAUUGCUAAACUUCUCUUUCCAGACAUUGGAGCUGAAAAACAGUUUAUCGGCCUUGUCAAAAAUGAAUCCGAGAAAUUUGAAAAGUUCACGGAGAAGUUUGAAGAAGGAAGAAUAUUAAAUUUUGUAAAUUAUAACAAGUUUCCGUUAGUUACCACCUUGACUGAAAUGAAUUCUGCCAGAGUCUACUCCAGCCCAAUCAAAACGCAGGUUUUUAUCUUUGCUGAGGCUGAUGACAUCAAGAACCUUCUGUUAUCUCUUCAAGCUGUUGCAAGGAAAUAUAAGUCGAAGAUAAUGUUUGUCUAUGUUGAUUCUGCUGAAGAUAACCUUGCAAAACCAUUUCUGACUUUAUUGGGUUUGGAAUCGGAUCAUCCCAUUGUGGCCGCAUUUGAUAACAGGGAUGGUUCCAAGUACAUCUUAGAGACCAAUCUCACACCAGAAAAUCUGGAAGUGUUCUGCUCAAGCCUCGAUCAUGGCACUCUCCCUCAAUACUACAAAUCAGAACCAAAACCAGAUUCAACAGGAAUCAUUGAAAAAGUUGUAGGCAAGACAUUUGAUGCUUCUGUUUUGGAAAGCGCUGAGAAUGUAUUUCUUGAGGUAUAUACACCAUGGUGCAUUGACUGUGACGCCACAAGUAAGCAGAUAGAAAAGUUGGCUAAGCACUUCAAAGGGCAUAGCAAUUUAAAAUUUGCCAGAUAUGAUGCUUCUCUGAAUGAAAAUCCAAAGCUUCAGAUAAACAACUACCCAGCUCUGCUAUUUUACCCUGCCGGAGACAAAUCUAAUCCGAUCAAGCUUUCGAAAAAAUCAAGCUUGAAAGAAAUGAUCAACUUCAUCAAUGAAAAGGUCAAAAUCGAAGACAAAAGUGGUCCUUCGACUGUUGAUCAGGAAAAGAAAGAUGAACUUUGAGAAAAAAAAAAGUGAAACCUGAAAUUCAUAAGAAACAACCUGAGUUGAGUGAUAGGUUUGUUGUUCAUCAUAGAAACUAUAGAUAUAGUUCAAAUUAUCUCACAAAGUUAGAGAUGAGGCUUUAAACUUGUGCCAGUUUUCGCCAUAUGUGAUGCUUUACCAUGCUGUAUUCUAUAUCAAGUUAUUGUGAAUUUUAUACUCAUGGUGAUUUUUAUUUAAAUCUGAAAGGGAUUAUACUGAAAGUCA